UUGUCUCCCGCGCCUGGCCCGUGCAGGAUGAUCGCAUCCGGGAAUUUUGAUCUCCCACACGUACCCGCGAGCUCACCGCGACCGAUCCUUACUCUUCGCCAAAGCUCGAGCUCUCCUCUCCGACCCGACCUCUGCCCGACCCGCUCUCAUCCCCGCCGCUCACACGCCAGUGCGCACCGUCGGCGCCCCGAUUCGCGUAGAAACCGGCUCGCCCGCUCCUCCCCCACCGCCACGGCACAAUUGCGGUGGCUGGGCCAACUACUGCCGCUUCACAGUGCCGGUGCGCAAGACCUUCUCACACGCCAAGCUAAGCCAUGCCCAGCCCAGCCAAGCCAAGCCGCCUUAUCACACGAUCCGUCGUGUAGUAAGGCGGCUUGGCCAGUCUGAAGCUCCGCCCGGGCCCACACCGCGUCCUUCCAAAGAGAGCAGGCGCCUGUUACCGUAGAUCAGGUUGGACCAACUUUGAGCUUCACGCCGUUGUUUGCUGGUCCCAGCACUGCAACCUACAUCCUCCUCCACAUCGCGGCGCAACGUGCUUGGCUCGCCGUCACCACAGCGCCGCAAUCGACACAAACUCGGGCGGACCCACGUACAUUGGGCGUCCCCCUUCAACUCCACUGCAACCGCUGCCCAACCGCUCGAGGCUCUUGCUACUGCUACUGCGACAUCCGCGAACCGACGUGCGCCGCCCAUUGCACAAAAUGGCAAUUAUGUAACACUCCAUGACCUCACCCUUGUGCACGUACAGAGGAAGAGCCAUUCACAUCCAAGAGCUUAUACAAAGUAUCUCAACCGUUAAUAUGAUGCUCCAAGGUCAGCUUCCAAGUUCUCUUUGGCAAAUGAUCGAAAAACACUAGGGCCAUUUGUCCAACAA